GGUAACUGAAAGGAAGAAACAAACCGGUUUACUCUUGCAGAAAUAAAAUCCUUUUAAAAAUUGAAGUGUUAGCUUUAUUGUAUCGUUCUGUUAUCAUUAAAAUGUCAGCGCCAGUGUGCAGUUGUGCCGAACAACUCAGUAAACUUACACAACAAGUAUCAGUAAUGAGAAGAGAGAUUAAAAACAUCAGACAGCAGAUAGACGGAUCUAUGCGAGCACAUAAAAAACAGAUGUCAUCACUUCAGUCGACGCUGACAGAUUGUAUUAGCCAUGCUUCACAGUUUCAGAGCAAAAGCCCAUCAAAGUGCCUCAGUGAGGUGAAUCAAUUAGAACAAGGGCGCAUUUGUACUGUUCCUAUUGGAUACGUUAAUUCGUGUUUUGCGGUCAAAAAUGGCACUCCACGACAACCCACCAUAUGCAGUUCCUCUCGAGCCAGCUUGAAGAUUGAAUCGUCAGUCUUCAAUAACCCUGAUCAUUCUUUAGUAGGCCUGGAACAGUACUCCCAUAUCUGGAUCAUUUUCCUUUUCCAUAAGAAUGGGCAGUUGAGCUACAAAGCCAAAGUCAAGCCACCCCGUCUGAAUGGUCAGAAGGUGGGGGUGUACUCCACCCGUAGCCCCCACAGGCCUAAUGCUUUGGGGCUGACUUUGGCUAAGCUGGAAAAAAUCACAGGAGAUACACUUCACUUGUCAGGAGUUGACAUCAUCACUGGAACACCUGUCCUAGACAUCAAACCAUAUAUUUCAGACUAUGACUCUCCUACAACCAGAACAGACUAUACCAGUAAAACGUCAUCAUUCACAGACCUUCAGAUGGCUGAAGACAUGGAGCUAGAUGAAGAAACAGACGCGAUCUUAGAGACAUCUUAUAAACAUUUUAAAGAGCUUAGCCAAGAAACAAGCAUCUCUUGUCCAGCCAGUGCUUCGGGUUUCUCUCAAUCAAGGUCUGAAUGCAGAGGUGUGAAUGAUGUGCUAGCAGAAGUCAAAGACUACCUCGAACACAGCCAUGUGUUCUGUGAACAGACAGCGGAGGACAAAAACACGGAUGCUCCCGAGUGCAGUUUAGCAGGACCAACCCCUAUCAGUUUAUCCAGACUGAGCUUUGGUCACGAGUUACACAGCACUAUUGCUGCCUGGGUUAGGGCGCCCCCUAUCAGUAACCUUGAUGUGCGAUUUACUGUAAAUGCUGAGAAGGAUCUUAAAGAGUUUGUUCCCUGCAACAGUACAGACAGUCAAAGGCCAAAGUUCCAGUUCUUAAAAGGACCUGAUGAGGCAAUAGCAGCCAUCCACGCCAUUCUCUCAGCUGACCCCAGAUCAGUAUAUCGGCGUGCACAUUGUCAAGACCGUCUGUUUUUCUUCACUCUGGACACAGCUGACAUCACUUGCUGGUUUGGAGAUGGCUUUGCUGAGGUUGUGAGAGUCAAGGCUGUGCAAGGUUUAGGACCUACUGAACUUGCCUCUCUGUGAACUUGCCAAAACAACCUUUUGUAGUUUUAUUCACCCUAUAUACAUUAAUUUAAAUUGAGAAGGUGUUAUUAGAAGACAAUGUAAGGAACAAAGAUACAAAGACAAUGUAUAAAAGUUGUUUUAUUUCAAAUAUUCAGAUACAAAUGAACAGAUUAUUUGUCACAUAGCCCUAAAAGUUUUUGCCUCAGAAAGGGGCAACAGUGAUUUACUAUAAAAUCAAUUCCUUUAAUUUGUCUUUUAUGUUUCAACUUUUGUAUGAUGAGUAGCAUACACAAAAAACAUGAACAAUUUGAAUAAAUAUACUGUUUGUUGUUCUAGAGUUCCAAUAAAAAUAUUUUGUCUAACA